AAACUAACUUGGUCUGAAGGUUGAGGUUUUUUAAUGCUAUUUUUCUCAGUGACAUUAAAAAUGAAAAAGAAAAGCUUCUCUUUCUUUCUUCUCUUCUCUCUUUUUAUGAGUUUCAGUACUUGUUUCACAACAGCUCAAGAUUGCAGUCCCAAGAACCCAGACUUGUUUCAUGUUGGUGUGGUUCUUAAUUUAGAUUCAGUGAUUGGAAAGGUUGCAGAAAGAUGCAUAUCCAUGGCACUCUCUGAUUUCUAUGCAGUUCAUCAUCCUUACAACAACUCAAAGAUUGUGCUUCAUGUGAGAGAUUCAAGAGGAGAUGCUGUUAUUGCCGCGUCUGCAGCGCUGGAUUUGAUUAAAAAUGUUGGAGUACAGGCAAUUAUUGGACCUCAAACAUCCGCAGAAGCAGAGUUCUUGGCUAAAAUGGGGAGUGUAGCUCAUGUACCCAUCAUAUCUUUCUCUGCUAUUAGCUCUUCUCUUUCUCCCACUCGGUUCCCUUACUUCAUACAAUUUGCUCAAAAUGAUUCAUCUCAAGUUAAAGCCAUUGCUGCUGUUCUCAAAGCUUAUGAAUACAAAGAAGUAUAUCUUAUCCAUGAUGACAGCAAUAGUGGAACCGCAGUAGUACCGUACCUUAUUGAUGGCCUUCAAGAAAUUGGCGCUCAUGUGCAUCGCCGAAUUGUGCUUCCUGAUGGAAUAAAAGGGACAGCGAUUGAGGAUAUUUUGCGAGAAUUAGGACAUACAAGCACAGGAGGAGGAGUCUUCAUUGUUCAUCUAUCUUUGUCCCUUGGUAACAGCUUUUUCUUACAUGUCAAGGAGAUGGGGAUGAUAAAAUCAGGUUAUAAAUGGAUUAUAAUGAGUGGACUCACAGAUUUCAUGAGCUAUAUGGAGCCUUCUGUGCUCAGUUCCAUGAAAGAUGUUGUUGGUAUUAAAACUCAUGUGCCAUUAUCCGGACCACAUCGAAGGUUUAUGGCUAAGUGGAGGAAACAAUUUGGAAAAGAAUACUCAAAGGAGAGAUUGAAGCUCAAUGUAUUUGGGCUAUGGGCAUAUGAUGCAACAUUUGCAACUGCAAAGGCAGUUAAUAGAGCUAUUUUGUGCUUAAGAAGAAAGCCACCAUGUCCGGAAGUAGCAUAUAACUCAUCAUCAUCAUCAAGAGAUUUUUUUAACAUGAGUGUCUCACAGAUGGGUUCAGAAGUGCUGAAACAAAUGAAAGAAACUAGAUACAGAACUGGUGUAAGUGGUUAUGUUCAUUUGGUGAAUGGUGAGUUACAAUCUUCAAGCUUUGAGAUAGUUAAUGUGAAAGAGAAAAGUCAGAAAAUUGGGUAUUGGAAUCCAAAGGAUGGUCUCUUUUGGAGUAUGAGUAGUUCAAUUAAUGUCAAAGAGGACCAUCAAGUUGUACAAAGACCCAGAUCAGUACUAGAUGCUACUUCAAGUAACAAUGUAUUGAGAAUUGGGGUACCUAUUAAGAUAGUAUUUCCUCAAUUCAUCAACAUCAGUCGCAGUUACAGUAAUGAUAAGAAGCCAAUUGUGACUGGUUUCUCAUAUGAGGUCUUUAUGAAUGUUAUGAAAAAUUUACAAUACACGGGCACUUAUGAAUUUUUUCCAUAUGAGAAUGAGAAUGGUGAGCCUAAAGGAGACUACAACGAACUAAUACAACAAGUACAUGACAAGGUAUAUGAUGCAGUUGUUGGAGAUAUAACAAUCUUGGCAAAUAGAUCAAAAUAUGUAGGCUUCACUCAACCAUAUACAGUCUCUGGAGUUCGCAUGGUUGUGCCUAUAAAGAAAGAUGACAAUGGGAGUUCAUGGUGGUUCAUGAAGCCAUUAACAACAGAACUAUGGCUGACCACAAUUUUGAUAAUUGUCUUAAAGGGGUUUCUGGUUUGGAUCUUUGAGCGUAAGGAAAACCCUGAAUUCCAAGGCACAACUUCAGAGGUGGUGGGGAAGGUCUUGUCACAAUCUUUCUCUAUAUAUAUUUUUGCAAAUCAGGAGAAGCUCCAAAGCAACUAUUCUAGAUUCGUUUUGGGCUUGUGGACUUUUGCUGUGUUUAUACUUGUGAGCAGUUACACAGCAAAUUUAACUUCUAUUUUAACUGUUGAGAACUUAGAACCAACUGUGACAAAUUUGGACACUAUUUAUAAAGAUGGAAAGAAUGUUGGAUAUCAAGAUGGGUCUUUUGUGUUUGAUCUUCUCAAGCGCAGGGGAUUUAAUGAAUCAAGGCUCAGGAAGCUUUCUUCACUAAAGGAAUAUGCAAAUGCUCUAGCAAAUGGAAGUAUUUCUGCAUUUGUUGAUGAGAUCCCAUACAUUAAUGUCUUCCUUUCCAAGUAUUGUCGUCAAUUCACUGUUGCUGGACCAACAUACAGAACAGGAGGCUUUGGCUUUGUGUUCAGAAAAGAUAAUCCGAUGCUAGAGAAGAUUUCCGAAGCUGUCCUUAACUUUACAGAAGGAGACCAUAUGAAUAUGAUUGAAAAGAAAUGGUUUGGGAAUGAAGCAUGUGCUGAGAUGUUAGAGUUUUGA